AUGGCGAAGGCAUUCCGAUAUUCUGCAAUUCUACUUUGCGUUGUUAUUGUGCUUUUAUUUAGUGGUUCAGAGCAAUUACAAUCCUCCCAGGGUGAAACCCUUCUAAGAAUUCAGAGGCUUUUGAACUAUCCAUCUGCUCUAAGCAGUUGGAAUAGCUCCAUUGACUUCUGCAAUAGCGAACCCAAUGCAUCUGUAACUGUUGUAUGCUAUGAGCAAAUCAUAACACAGCUACAUAUUAUUGGCAACAAGGGAACUCCUCUUUUGCCUAGAAACUUUUCAAUUGAUUCAUUUGUUACAACACUUGUUGGUCUGCCGAACUUGAAAGUCUUGACAUUGGUCUCUCUUGGUUUGUGGGGUCCGCUGCCUGGUAAACUUGCACGUUUGUCCUCACUGGAAAUACUUAACGUGAGUUCGAAUUUCCUGUAUGAUGCUGUGCCUUCAGAGCUUUCGUCGCUAACUGGCCUCCAAUCACUGGUACUUGAAGACAACAUGUUUGCUGGUGAAGUACCAAACUGGAUCGGUUCACUUCCCAUUUUGUCUGUCUUGAGUCUCAGGAAGAAUAUGCUCAAUGGUUCAUUGCCAGAUGCAUUGAGUGAUUUGGAGGAUCUUAGAGUUCUAGCACUUUCGCAUAACUACUUCAAAGGAGAAGUUCCUGAUCUUAGCAGUUUGGCAAACCUUCAAGUGCUCGACUUGGAAGAUAAUGCUUUCGGACCUCAGUUUCCUCAGCUUGGAAACAAGUUGGUUUCUCUUGUGUUGAGCAAGAACAAGUUUAGGGAUGGCCUCCCUGCUGAAGUGACCUCCUAUUAUCAGCUUCAACGGCUAGACCUCUCAAAUAAUAAAUUUGUGGGACCAUUUCCACAAUCAUUGUUGUCAUUGCCUUCACUAACUUACUUGAACGUCGCAGACAACAAGUUUACAGGAAUGCUAUUCGAAAACCAGUCUUGCAGUGCUCAGCUUGAGUUUGUGGAUUUGUCCUCAAAUCUUAUGACCGGACACUUGCCGAAUUGUCUUCUGCAAGACUCCAGGAAAAAGGCCUUGUAUGCUGGAAACUGUCUGGCAACUGGUGAUCAAAACCAACAUCCUAUUUCCAUUUGUCGUAAUGAGGCAUUAGCUGUUGGGAUUUUGCCCGAGCGAAAGACAAGGAAAGCUUCUAAAGCAAUUAUUGCAUUCGGUGUAAUUGGAGGGGUUGUUGGAGGGAUUGCCCUUGUUGGUUUAAUUUACUUGGCGGUGAGAAAGGUUAAAUCCAGGAACGCAUUCAAGAAACCAACAACUAGACUAAUUGCAGAGAACGCAUCAACAGGGUACCCUUCAAAGUUGCUCUCAGAUGCAAGGUAUAUUUCUCAAACAAUGAAGCUGGGAGCACUUGGCCUUCCAGCAUAUCGUACCUUUUCGCUAGAAGAGGUAGAGGAGGCCACAAACAAUUUUGACACAUCUGCUUUCAUGGGUGAAGGUUCUCAAGGGCAGAUGUACAGGGGCCAGCUUAAGGAUGGUUCCUUUGUUGCCAUCAGAUGCUUAAAAAUGAAAAGAAGUCAUAGUACCCAAAACUUUAUGCAGCAUAUAGAGCUGAUUUCAAAACUCAGACAUAGACAUUUGGUCAGUGCUCUUGGACACUGCUUUGAAUGCUACUUGGAUGAUUCAAGCGUCAGCAGAAUAUUUCUAGUUUUUGAAUAUGUACCAAAUGGCACACUAAGAAGCUGGAUCUCUGGAGGACAUGCCAGGCAAAAACUUCAUUGGACAAACCGUAUAGCUGCUGCAAUAGGUGUAGCAAAGGGCAUUCAAUUUUUGCAUACAGGGAUUGUGCCUGGUGUAUAUUCAAAUAAUCUGAAAAUAACAGAUGUUUUAUUGGACCAGAACCUUGUUGCUAAAAUUAGCAGUUAUAACCUGCCCUUACUAGCAGAAAACAAGGGAAUGGUUGGCCAUGGAACAUCAUCUGGUGCAUCCAAAGAUCAUAGCCUUGGUACAAGGAUAAAUCAAGACGAGAAGGUUGAUGUUUAUGACUUUGGAUUAAUAUUGCUUGAAAUCCUUGUGGGGAGAUCAUUGACAUCUAGGAAUGAAGUAGAUGUUCUAAAAGAUCAGUUGCAAGCAAGUAUUACAAGUGAUGAUGCUGCUCGAAGGAGCUUAGUUGAUCCAGCUGUGCAAAGGGUAUGUUCAGAACAAUCACUAAAGACGCUGAUGGAGAUCUGUGCCAGGUGUCUGCUUAAGAAUCCUGCAGAUAGACCUUCAAUCGAGGAUAUUCUGUGGAACUUGCAGUUUGCUGCUCAAGUUCAGGAUCCAGGGCGGGGGGACUCCCAGAGCAGUGAAGGGUCUCCGGUCACACCUGACCAACGACCGCCUUUACAUAUUACCAUUCAUUAG